AUGCAUUGCAUGCUUAAAGAAAGAAACAUCCUCAAAUGUAAGUGACAAGAAAGAACAUUAUCAUCUCUAUGCAGAUCCUUAGAUUAUUAUUUGCCAUUUGCGCAGCUCCCAUAAAACACCUUGUUUAUCUCCCAAUUUUUGAAAAUUUUGUAAUUUUUCCAAUUUCUUGUGAGAUGACUGUAAUACCCGGUUGGAAAUUAAAACAAAGGGUAUGCAAUUAUUUGCAAGGAGGAGGGGGAAGCAAAUAAGGUUUAUUUUGGCUGAUGUGCAAAUUGGCAAAUUGAACUUUCAAAAUAUUUGUUUUAUAUUUUUUAGGGGGUCACCACAUUAAAGUUCACAUGGAGAAUCUCUUACUUACUCCAAGGUCACUGAGGGCUUUCUUUUGGCAUCUCUUCACUUUUUCACUUGAAAAUGCAGCUGAUUCCUUAUCUUGAAUUACCUCCUGUUUUGUUAAACUCUCUACUAUAAAAUCUAAAACUUACUUCUUUUUCUCAGUCAAAAUCUGUAAUCUUACCCUAAAAUUUUUAAAGCUUCCCCAAAUAUGAAACAAUUUUCCUUUUCCAGGGGUUAGAAAAAUGGAUCAAUUGCUGUAGCAUUUUGUCUGGACAUUUUUUUUUCAGGUCUUGGUAUGUAAAUCAAGACAGUGAACACACAUCUCUUUUAAACUCACCUUCAUCCUCAGGGGAAACUUCCCCAAUCCGAAGACCACUAAUGGUGAGUUGCAUGUUUUUAAACUUCCAAAGGAAGCCACAGUUAAAAUUCAACAAAUUUCAUAAAUUUCACGUUACAAAAAUGCUGAAAUAGGGAGGUUUCACUUGUAUGGUGACCGUCAGUUCAUAAAAUUUUGUGCAAAGACUGGAAAUUAUAACAACCAUAUAUUAAUAAAAUAAAAGAUUAAAUAGCAAAAUAAAUGACUCUCUAUUUCUAAGGGUACCUAUACUACUUGUCAACUGUUUUAGUAACAUCUCUUGACACUCUCCCAGUAAACAGUGUUUAAAUAUCCAGGUGAAACAAAUUAAUGAAAACUAUCGGUUUCAUCUUAGUAACAAUGGUUAAACUCUGUUUGCCUGUGGCCUGUAGUCUUCAUUACUGUCUUUUGUUAAUUUUGUCAGAAUGAGCCAACUUUUGAAGAAAUGACAGAUGAAGAUAUUUCAGCCAGCCGAUCAGCUGAAGUAGCCAGUAGUUCCUUUGAAAUAAUUCCAAGUAAGUUAAAAACACAUGCCUUGGAGAGAGAUUAAUUAUACCGAGUGCUUACUAAUAGUCUGGGUGCCCUGUUACUCACAUCCGGCAUUGUCGUUGUUUGAAGUAAAUUAAUGUUAACUUUUAAUUACAUGCAUGGCAUACUAUCAACUUCAAUUACUUUUCAAAAUCAGAUAACAGAAUUGGGUAAUUUUACAAGUGGUAAUAAAGUGAAAAAUAUUUUGAAUAUUGGUCACUUGCUUUAAUACACUCAUUAUCUUAACUAUAUAACAGGACCUAGGCGGGUGACAUUUAGCAGUGUGAGAGAAGUGCGACAAUUAUCAGGUAAAUACAUGUAAUUUGUUUUAUUAGGGAGCUUUUUCCGGAUAGUAUUUACAGCUCAAUCAUGAAAAGUUUCCAUGUUUUGAAUGGAGAAAAUUUGCAUUUUUCAGACCAUAAUUCUGAACAGGCAAGGUUGACCAGACUUCCUUACCACUUGGGUGAAGAUCAGAAACUUCCUGUCCAUCGGGUUGCUAAGGUGGCCUUGCUAUUCUGCUUACUGGUGAGUUGUAAGGCUUUUUUGAAGUAG